AUGGCCCCGCCCCGGAACCGGAAGGGGCUGACCGGAGCGGGGUCAUGCGUGCCGGGGGCGCAGCCCCGGUCCCUCGGUGCCGCCGCCGCCCGCGGGCAUCGUUCGUGGACGAGUCCCUGUUCGGGAGCCCCGCGGCCGCCCGGCCCCCGCCGCCCGCCUUCCCCCCCCCGUGGGCCGGAGCUCCGCGCCCCGGGCCCAGGCCGAGCGGCCAGCGCAGGCUCAGAGGCCACACUCCAUCCUUCUGUGACGAGUCCCUGUUCGGCCCGGCCCGCGCCGCUCCUCGCAUGACCAAGGAAGAUGUAGCCAAGCUCCAGGCACUGCUCUGGAGCCCUCCUCCUGCCCCCUGCACCCAGCCUGGCCCCUCCCGCUGCUGCAGGAGCACCCCGGGAAGAGCGGAGGUGUCUCACCGGGACACAUCCUGUGUGUGGAAGCGUCCUGGUAGCGAGCCUUGCUCCACAGGCACAGCAGAAGCCCAGUCCCUGGACUGGCCGAGCACCCCCUCAGAUGGGCCCUGCCGGGCUUCGGACAACCCCAAGCCAGGAAGGUGUAAAAAGGAGGGUCCAUUGACAGCCCCCGCGGCCCCCCGAGGCCCUCCAGGGCUGGGUCGGUCACAGCGUGUGUCCGGACCUCCUUUGCCCAGGAGCAGCACAGCAGAGGGUACCUGCAAGGCCAGGCCUCCUUGGAAGUGAAGCCAAACAUCCCUUGGGAUGCCUGCCCAAGACCUCCUGAUGGGCAAGUCCAUGGGGACCCUGCACCUUUCCAUGGCUGGAAAUGAAGGAUGGGGCUGCUCUGUGCUGGGAUCCGUGCGUGCCCACAGUGCCAAGCGGGCAGUGGCCUCCCUGUGCAGGGCACAGCCCUGCAGCACCAGAGCGGGACAGCCUUGGUGGUGACAGCAGCUUCCAGUGGUCAUCAGAGGUGCGGUAAUGGGUCAGGUUCCUUCUGACUGGGAAGUCCCGCUGGGAAGCUGGAACAGCAGGAGACAGGACUGCCUGCAGCAUGGAGUCCAGGAGAAGGACCAGGCACAGGUACAGGCUGCUCCAAAGCCCCCCAAACCCAUCCCUGCUCCAGGCUGAAUGAGCCCCAGUCCCUCAGCCCCUGUGCACAGGACAUGCUCCAGCCCUGGCCAUUGUGGUGGCUCUCUGCUGGCCUUUCAUCACCGCUGUAAUGGUCUCCUCUGGCAAGGAAGGAGAAGGUGAGGACUGGCAUCACCCUGCAUCCUGCUGCUGGUGGGAUGCCCCUGGACUGGAUGGGGUUUGUGAUGGAGAAGGAUCUGCCACAGGGAUUUCAGCAGCUUCUGGUGAUGAGGAUGUGCUGAGUGAACGCGUGGUCCUGUGGUUUGUACUGAGGGUCAUGAGGUGCUCUCACAGCAACACCAUGCUCAUCACCAAAUGCAUGGUCCAAGGCAAAUCUGCUGGGCCUCCUGUUUGGACCACGGGCUGCUGCUGUGUGAUCUGCACACAGGUAGGUGUCCGAAGGCUGUCCAAGCAGAGCAGCUCCUCCAUUUCCAUUCCUGAGGUGGGAAAGUGCAGCUCUGUCUGAAGGAAUACAGGUACGGAGGCACAUAAAGGACAUGGGCUGGGUGACCUGGGGUUUGCUCCCCUGGGCAGGGAGGAUGCAGGGAGGUCACUGGGAGCUUGGUAACUCCCACACAAAGGGAAUCAUUCCCUCAGAUUCACCCAAGGACAAACCCAGCCAGGUUAAGGGCAUCACUCUGCCCCAGGAAUGCCUUUAUUGCCACCUGGAGCAGCAGCAGGACUGGGGUUAGACCCACCUCAGCACACAAAGGGUGCUGGAGCUUAGGCAGCCAGCCAGGAGCCUGUGUUUCUGGUCCAGCUUGUUGGCAAGAAAGGUUAUUCUUGCUUUUGAAAGACAAAGAGAGCUCAAUGUCAAACAGUGAGUCAUGUUGUCAUGCUCCCGUGUCCUCCCAUCCAGCCCUGGCAGGCUCUGCCUUAGUGCAAGUGCUGUCCAGCUGGGUAAAGACUGCAGGGACACGAAGGCAAUUGGGGCAUCAGGAGAUGCUGAUGGGGCUGAGGCUGUUCAGCUUCAUGGGGAUGCCAGCACGGUGCCAAACAAGCCUGCAGGUGUCUCAAGUGAAACCAAAGUGUGAUUUGGACACUAGAUGGAGACAAGAGGGUUGAGGAUUGAGUCAUGAGGGUUGAGGAUUGACACAAGAGCCAGAGCCCCUUUCCCAGCAGCGGGUGGAUGAGUGGGGUCCAUGGAGAGGAGUCAGCAGCAAUCUGGGGUAACCUCCCCAAAAUCUAAGCUGUGGAUAACUUCCUCACUCUUUACCCCACAAGAACAGCAUUGCUUACAAUAUAAAUGGGUUGUAUGGAUUUUGUCCUGUGGUUCUCACUCACAUUUGACUCUUUACUGCAGCCCUGUCCUCUUGUUCUGCCGGAGCUGUGCAUCCAUCACAUGAGCCAGAGCUGCUUGCUUACUGCUGUGCACUGCCCUGCCUGCAAGAGGCUGAUGCUUGCGUGCAGCCAACACCAAAUGUGCAUGAAAUGGGGCUGGGGUUGGAACUAGGUGAUCUCCAGGUGCUUUCCAGCCCUAACUGUUCUAUGAUCCUGUGAUUCAGACUCACCCUGUCCAGUGUCACUGGUGCUCAGUCACAGCUGUUGUCCUGCCUGCUGCUGCUCUUAGUUCUCAUCUGCUCAGUACCCUCUGCACCACUGACUCAACCCUGACUCCUUGCCUUGUGUUGAUACAGGGGGUAAUACAGAGAAAUUGUACAAGGGGGUUAAAGGAAUUCCUUUGCUUAAACAAAAGUAUUGUCUGUCCCAAGUACCUAACAUGCCAAGGCACUGACUACUGAUGGGGGGGAGAAGCAGAUGCUAGUUCCACUGAUAAGGGACAAAAGCAGAUGUUUGUUCUGCUGAGAAGCAGGGUAGAAGCAGACUGGGCAUGGACCAAACCCUAUGGCCAUGUGUGAAGAUUAAAAGGUGAAAAGUUUAAGAAGAGGAAGACUCAUUUACUUCAUCCUGAGACCCCUGCCAUCAGGGGGCACUGCGCAGGCGGAAAGAACCUUCCAGCUCAUUAUAAUACAAAGCGGGGAUAGAUAAUAAAUAUGUAUAGGCGUAUCGAGUAACCUAAUGCAUAUGUAUACCUUAAGAGAAUA